AUGUGCUUGCAGGUCGUCCGAUCCUUCUCCUGCGGCUGCGCCCGCCACCACAAGGUCGAAUGCCGGCUGAGCAACCGCCUGCGCCUCUCUUCCCCCGCCGGCGCCGCUCCCUUGGCCCCCGGCGAGGCCUGCGAGACCCUCUCCGGCCCGCGCCGUUUUCGUUUCGGCACCACCAUGUGCCCGACCUGCGCCUAUGCCCGCCUCACCUGGCGCAGCUGGCUCGGCUCUGGCAUCGGCGUGCAGCCCUGGGCCGGGCUGAUGAAGAACGGCCCUGCCGCGGAGCGCGCCCUGGGCUUUAGCCGGUUCAGGGAGAUGAGGGCAAGGCUGCAGCGGACGCUGCACGAGAGGGAUCCAGAGGAGAAGGACGCGGGGGAUUUUGAGUGGAGGACGGAGCAUUGGAGGAGGAUGUUGAGGAGGAAGAGGAUUAGGAGGGAGGUGGAGGCGAGGUGGAGGGAGAGGGCGGAGAGGGAGGAGAGGGAGGGGACGGUGACGGCGGAUGAUAUGGAGUUUUAG